ACAGCCGCCAGCAGCAGCAGCAGAAGCAGCGGCGCUUCGCACUUUGCUCUGCUGAAUUUUCAAUUUCAGUUGUAAGCUGACUGCAAUCAGCAGUGGUUCGCAUUUUGGUUCGGGAAUUCGCAAUUCCGCAAUUCGGCUUCUCGACUUGUCAUUCGCGCUCGUGGAAAACGCUCUCGGGACAUAACGGAAUAUACGGGCCGGCGCGGCUGACCGGGCGCACAAAAAACUUUUCGAUUAUUAUAAACUUUGGCGGUAACAGAAACAUACACACAUACACACACAUACAAACAUACACAUUGACCACCCACUGAUUCACCACCCCAUGAAAACCACCCACAUGUCCCGUUAGUUGCGACUCCUGGCGCGCUAAUUUUUGCAUAUGUGUGCUAGCGAGUGUGACACGCACACGUGUGUGCGUGGGUUUUAUUGAUUUUAUAGAGCAAACUAUAUGGUUUAUUGCCUCACUCCCCCUCUGAGCCCAUCUUUCUCGGUUCCUGAUUCCUGGGCAAAUUUCAAUGAUAGUUGAAGCGAGAUGGGGGAAGUGAUGGAAAUUAAAGUUUUGUGAGAGACAAGGAAAGAGAAUAGUUUGCCAAAAAAGAGAGGGGGAGUUUGAAGAUAAGGGGGAAACACUAAAACCUAUGCAUAUAUGGAUUACAGAUCAGAUGAGCUGGUAUGUGAAGCUACGAGGAAGAGUAAAUAACUAAAAUGAAAUUCUUAAGGAAAGGAGAAUAAUUAUGAAUAAAGUUCAUUUUAAAGCAGCCUUAUAUUAAAAAAGUAUUUUUUACGUAACAAGACGCUUUAGCAUUCCUAAUAAGUUUAAAAGUAGUUUUCAAGCCUUGUUAUCUUGCAGGUUACCAAAUUAACAUUGUAAUGUAAAUUACCAUAUUUAAAUGCAAUCUGAAUCUUCCACACUCCAUCAGCUUUACAUGGGUUAACCAAAAAGAGAGUUGGCAGUGUUCUGAAGAUUUCCAACUUCACAUUCUUUCUUUCAUUUCGAUCAAUACAUCGCCUUUAUGCAAGAUCUGACCUAUAAAUAGUAUAGUUAUUCAGCCGAAGAAACGCUCUUAUCUCUUGUUUCCUUCACUUUACUCUCGCUGAUAAGCAAGCGGAAAAUCAAAGUUGAGGAAACGAUUUCCAAAUCCCCACAGUGUUAGUCCACUUAGCUGCCAAUUUCCUAGCCAAACAGCUUCCAGUUCAAAAAACGAAAAAAAAAAUCGAGUGUGCGUGUGUGUGUUUGUGAGGAGGCCUCAUAACUUUCCACGGCGGGUCGAAACUUGUGAAAUUCUUGGCUACCAGCAGAGGAGCUGUUAGUUGCCCAGCUCCCAAUCACCUCGACAGCAGCUGGGCCAGCUUUUCAGCCCGCUUUUCCAACCCCGAUAUCCCCCCACAAUUUUUCACCCUGCCCUCACCUAACAGCAACAACAACAACAGCAACGGCAGCAGCAGCAGCAGCAGCAGCAGCAGCAGUGAAACACACUGUCGCCGGCAGUUUUUGCCCAUAAAAACGGCAACGGCAACGACGAAAACGAAAAUUUAACGACUGCGCAACGUGACGCAUUAUUUGUCUGGCUUGGCUUGCUUGGCUUGGCUUGGCUUGGUCUUCUGGUCGGUCUCUUGUCUGCUCUGCUCUGCUCCGCUCCGCUCUGCUCUGCUGUGUGGUGCUGUGCGGUGCGGUGCCUGCAGCAAAGCUCUAGCUGCCGCCAGAAAUUGCUUUUGCUCGCUGGAAUAUACAUACAUACAUAUGUAUGUAUAUGUAUAUGUAUGCUUUGCGGCCUGUGCCUUCGCAUCCGCUCCCCUUGUGGCCCCUGCUCCCUGCCGCCUGCCCCUCCCCCUCACACAAUCCAAAGUCUCCACACUCCACACGCUGCCGUUUUUAGUAUUUCGCACUCUGUGCACGGCAAACAUUUUUGCAUGACUGACUGAAUGCCGCCGCCUGCGCCUGACUCACUCACACAAUCACCACAUGUCCACAUCCACACCGAUGCACUGGGGCCAGACAAUGCACUCGGAGAAAACGUUGGGGUGGGAAUGGGCAUAUGGUAAUUAGUUGUGGAAAGGAGCACUACGAAAUUUGUAUAGACCUUUGGGUGAUUUAGUUUAUUGCUCGUGAAAUUCAGGAGCGAGUCCAACACUUUCUUAUCAAUAAUAUUCAUAUGUGUACAUAUGCAAGCAAGACAAUACAUUUUAGUUUUUUAUAAUUCAAGGUUUUUUAAAUCCAAUAUAUAUGAAGACAUUUGCUUUAAAUGUUUAAUUCUUAAACGGAUUUUAAGUAAAGAAGUUCACAUGCUUAAUGCGUGAACCCCUUGCAAAUUCAAUACCUAAAUCAUUCACCUGUUUUUUCAAGUGUAUGCAGUCCAGUGUUGGAGGGAGGGGAGCAAGGAGAGACAGAGUCAGCGGAACCGGCAGCGUAAUCGGGAGUGGGAGUGGGAGCGGGGUGCAGUCGCAGGCACAGGCAGGCAGGCAGGCUCGUGGAGUAACCGUUGGCUGGUUGGUUGGUCUCUCGGUCGUCGCUCAUCGCCGUCGGUUCCUGUCUGCCCCGCGCCCUCUCGCUCGCCCUGGCGUGUUUAUAAUUUGAUUUCGCUGCUUCUUUCCUGCCGCGUCGUCUUCUUCAUCUGCUUCUGGCUGGGGAGCAGAGUGCGCGGAAGGGAGAUGGACGAUGGGAAGCAGAGUGGAGCGGAGCGAGCAGCGUGGCAUUUCCUGUCGCCCAGCUCGAUUUUGGGCCUAAGCCCAAGGAUGGAAUCCUAAUGAAGUUAUUGUGUUAACAGUUUGGGGAGCACUGGCUGCUCAUUGAUGGCCGGGGAUCGCAACUGACUUGUCGUGGGUGGGAGCGGGAUGGCUUUAGUGAGUGGUCAAGAAGCCGACUAAUGCUCUUCAUUCCUCUCAUUUCUCUCAGUGAGUUUGGUUAGUGGUGUCUAUGUGCGCGUGUGUGUGCCGUUUUGAGCAUGCAAUUGCAAUUCACCGUUAGCUGAGCGGACAAGUGAAACAGCACCGUACAGCCAGCUACCCAUUAAAAAAAAAGUGUGCCCGCGAAACAGAGAAAAAAGAGUAACACAAAAAUUAUAUAUAAAACUCACUCAAUCGCUUUGAGCGCGCUAAGAUGGCGCCAAAAAAGUCCACCAUCGUGCUCAAUGUGGAGCAGUUUAUUCACGACAUCGAGGAGCGGCCGGCCAUCUGGAACCGCAACUUCCACUGCAACAAGGCCUUCCUCGAGCAGAUGUGGGACGAGCUGAGCGGUGCGCACAAGCUGCCAAAGAUCGUUCUCAAGGCCAAGUGGAAGGGACUUCGAGACAAUUUCCGAGUGGAGUAUAAAAGGAUACCUCGGGCGGAUAACGGUGAUUUUAUGGUGGAUCCGGCCACCUUUGAGUCCAAAUGGCUGCACUAUUACGCAUUGUUGUUUCUAACUGAUCACAUGCGUCAUCGUUUGCCAAAGAACGAACAGGAUCAGUCAUUUUACUUCAACCAGCAAAGCGAGGACUGCGAAAAGACUGUAGUGGAACCGGAUUUAACAAACGGUCUAAUACGUCGCCUGCAGGACAGCGACGAGGAUUACGACGAGGAGGAAUUGGAGGCGGACGGUGAGGCUAGCGAAGCCACUAUGGAGGAAACAAUGCCCACGCCACCGGCUGCCCAUCAGAUGAAUCAAGUGAGCACCACACCACUGGCCACCGGAGCUUUGCGGGCCCAAGAAGAGGCACAUCAGCACGCUUUAAUCAAGGCCGGAUUACUUCGCGCGCAGUUGAUGGAGCUGGAAAAGGAGGCGGAAGAUUUGAGCAGAAAGCCACCUCCACCACAGCAACAGAUAUCUCCAGUGGCACCCGCACUUCAAGUGCUGGUGGAACCACCAGCCGCACACUGUUCGCCACCGCCAAUGGUGACCACCACAUCCGCACAAGUACAACAACCAGCUUCAGCAGCUGUUUUGGCGCCGGCAACGACCACAUCCGCGUCAUCUGUAUCUUCGAACGGAGCGCCAAUGGGGGGAAAAAGAUCUGUGUCGCCACCGCCACUAUACAACAAAGCACACCAUCCGCUGGCCACUCUGGCAGCAGCUCAUCUUGCGGCCAAAGACCGAAAUGAGGACUUCGGAGCCUCCUCUGCUGUAGGAGGAAACGCAGAUCACCUGAGCUUCACUCAACACUCCUAUGCUAAUGGACUGAUACCCGCCCUAAAGCUAAAGCGGCCGCGUCUCUCCGAGGAUAGCAACUUUAAUGGGUCCUCGACAAUGGACACUCCGCUCGUCCCAGAGGACGAUGACUACCACUACUUGCUCAGUCUGCAUCCGUACAUGAAGCAGCUGACCGCUGCUCAGAAGUUGCGCAUACGCACCAAGAUACAAAAGCUCAUCUUCAAGGAACUCUACAAAGAGGAUCUCGAGGAGUCCAAGUAGUGAAACAGCUCAGAACGCCUAGAUUAAGCUCAAGACUGUACAUACGCCCACUAGCCUAGAUCGUAAGCAUUAUUCUUAGUUCGUGUCCAUGCCAUGCUAUUUGAUUGAUUUCUAGUUGAGCGCCACUCCAAGGAAAGCUGGGAGUGCGCCAUUUACGCCUAAGCACAAAUACCCUGGAAAUAAAAAUGUAACAUUAAAA